GGUGGCAACACGAAGCCACGAUCGUUGCGAUUCACAUGGAACAUGAAGACCACAUCGUCACUCCAUCCCGACAGCAUAAUUGAAGAAAUCAAAAGAGUCUUGAAGGCCAACAAUUGCGAUUUCGACCAGUCAGAGAAGUACUUGCUGGUGUGCAUGCACGGAGAUGCGGCUACUGAUUCGCUGGUUCAGUGGGAGAUGGAGGUCUGCAAGCUACCUCGAUUAUCGCUCAAUGGUGUCCGAUUCAAACGAAUAUCUGGCACGUCAAUUGGUUUCAAGAACGUUGCUUCGAAGAUUGCAAACGAGCUUAAUCUA